CAGUGAUUUCUCGCAGGGUUUUCCUUCAUCUGUGCAGUCUCUCUCCCUCCUCCUGCCCGUUCCCUCUCCUCCCACCUCGCCCCUCCCUUUUCCCUGUAAAAGGGAACGAAGUGCCGGAGCUCCAGUGUCCCGCCCCUGACUCCUCUUGUCCCGUCUGUGAAGCAGCAGCAGCUGCACCGCACUCUCUGCUUUCAUCGACCUGCUGCGUAUACGAGGUUAACUCACAAUGUAAAAACUAAACCAGCCGGAUAAAAGUUAUUUUGAUGGAAAUAAAGGCUUCAAAUAAAGGACCAUGGGGUAUGGGCAAUUCCUCCACCGGCGGGGCAAUGAGGAGGACCAGGUCCAUCUCAACGUGGGAGGUGUACGAUAUGAAGUGGAUCCGGACACACUGCUCCGCUUCCCUCACACGCGCCUGGCUCGUCUGCUGCGCUGCCAAAGUGAGGCUGCAAUUUUGGAGCUGUGUGACGACUACAGCCCGGCAGAGAGGGAGUAUUACUUUGACAGGAAUCCGCGGGUUUUCCUCUGUGUGCUCAACUUCUACAACACAGGACAGAUCCACAUGAUGGAGGAGCUGUGUGUCUUUUCUUUCAGCCAGGAGAUCGAGUACUGGGGCAUCCAGGAGCUGCACCUGAGCUCCUGCUGUAGCAACUGGUACCAUGAGAGGAAGGAGUACAUCGAGGACAGAGACUGGGACACCCGGAGCGAUGACCCGCAGCCAAGCUUGGACUCUUCCUUCGAGGAGCUCUCCGCUCUGGAUAAAGAUAUGGCCAAGUUCAAAGGUGCCUGGUGUGGUGAAGUGAGGAGCUACAUCUGGCUUCGUCUGGAGGACCCCGCUCACUCCACAUCAUCAAAGAUCAUCGCUGUGGCUUCCCUCAGCAUGGUCUUGACCUCUAUCAUUGCCAUGUGUGUCCACAGCAUGCCAGAGUUCCAGCGUGUAGAUGAAAAUGAUAAACCCAUAGAGGAUCCUGUCAUAGCCAUCCUUGAAGUGAUUUGCAUCGCUUGUUUUUCUGCUGAGUUCAUCAUCAGACUGGUUGUUUCACCCUCCCGCAGAAAGUUCCUUGGAAACCCCUUGAAUAUCAUAGACGUUGCCUCCAUUUUGCCAUUUUACGCCACUUUAGCCCUCGAAACAGGCGACGAGGAAAAUGCUGAGGAGAACGAGGACUUAGAAAACGUGGGGAAGGUGGUGCAGGUUCUGCGCCUCAUGAGGAUUCUUCGAAUCCUCAAACUUGCUCGCCACUCCAUCGGACUGCGAGCACUGGGAGCGACGGUCCGCCACAGCUACCACGAGGUGGGUCUGCUCCUGCUCUUCCUCUCUGUGGGGAUCUCUAUCUUUUCUGCGCUGAUCUACUUUGCUGAGAAGGAGGAGGAAACAACAGAUUUAGGGACCAUCCCUUCAGGCUGGUGGUGGGCGACCAUCACAAUGACCACAGUCGGGUAUGGAGACACCUGCCCUGUGACGCUGCCGGGGAAGAUUGUGGCCACUUUGUGUAUCGUCUGUGGACUACUAGUGGUAGCUCUACCUAUUUCCAUCAUCUUUAAUAAGUUCUCAAAGUACUAUCAAAGAAACAAAGCCAUGGAGGGAAAGGGUAUCACUAAACCUGAGAGACAAGACCCUGAACUCCCUCAUUAUAACAUCAGAGACCUGUUCACGGGAAGUGUGUACCCUUUCAUUGGAGGAAUCGCCUUCAGAAACAGUGUGAGCAGUGCAGGUGACGACACGGAUGCCUCUAGUCUCCAGGACAUGGAGAUGUACAAUAAUGACACUUGUGAAAAUGGGGCGGCAAAAUGAGAUUCCCCUUUAUGACUGCAAGUCACUCUGUGCCUCUCAGAGUGCUCUAUCACUGACCUUCCUCCUUGCACUGUCUCCCUCCUCGACCGAGAAAUAUCAUGGCCAUGAACUUCUUUUUUUUAUCUACAAGGGAAUAGCUUGUGAAAUACACUGCGUUGCUAAACCCAGUAAAUCUUGAGGGGAUUAUCCGAACCUUACUUAGAGGUUUGAAAGCCCAUUUUCUGCUUGAGAAAACAGUGAUGAUGCAUGUAGGAGGCCAUAAUGUUAAUGUUUUUUCAAAGUGAUGCCCUGUAUUGAUUUGUCUGCCCGCUGAAAGUUCAGACCAACAGUUCCAUGGAUGCAAAAUUCUUGUAUGACAACAACAGUUUGAUGUCCAAAAACUGCUUUAUAAAUCUCUGAGUCGGCUGAUGUUACACAGCCUGCAUGAUCAAGAAUGGAUGCAAUUGUUCCGUAAGAGUAUGCAAUAUUACCAAGACUAAUGAGAAGAGACGACACGUUCCAUCAGAGCUGUGGAAAUAACUGAUUUGCAAGGUUGUUGUGACAUUUUUCUUUUGGACAAAUGUUUUGGCAUGCUCCGUGACUCCUGUGGGGUGAUUCAUGUGGACAUGAAUAAAAGUCAGUGAAGAAAAAUGCCUCUAAUUUGUGACAAAUGUCAACGGUCCUACGUCUCACUCAUUCAAAGACAGGUUCAGGUUUGUCCCUUUUUAUAUGUUUUCAUGUGUCUGUCACCGUCACACUGAAAUACAGCAAUUCCUGGAUCACUUAAAAUACAAACUAAUUGUCAUUGACAUGUUUUUUUUCCUGCAGGAGUGAAAUCGAGUGAAAUCAUAGAAGAAACUUUCUUCACUCUUGUUUGUUCCUAAAAGUAUUGAUUUCCCGUCCCAUGUUAUAAGCUACACUCGGAUGAGCUGCUGUGCUAGAGCAGGAGAUGUAAAAGAUGUUUUCUCUACAGGGGUCUUAAAGGUGUAGACAGGAAGCAGUUGACCAGAAAGAUCUUUUCUCAGAGCUUAACCCUCCAACCAUUUUUCCUAGCUUUAAUGUAUCUGUAAGAUUGUCUACUGGUUGAUUUCUGUGUC